AUGAACAGGUUCUGUAUCAACAAAAGUGACAUCACUUCAACUUUGACCUUUACCCGUGAUGAACACACGCAGGACCCUUAUACUCCUGUGGUAAACGAAGAUCAAAUAUGGCGGAAACAGUAGACACUUCAAAUCACAGUGAGGAGGAGGAACACAGGACAGGAAUGUACGUGUGUUAUGUCCAAGGAUCUUGCAACAUUUUUGAAGGAUCCCAAUUCAGAUCCAGACACUAAGGAAUCUAUUUACAAACUUAUGUUUGAUUCUCCAUCUGAGUCGCCUUCUGAAUCACCUGCCUCAGCUGCAUUGCAUCCUGAAUCAACAGUUCCUAUGGAAGAUGGUGAUCAAAAGGUUCACAUAUGGGACGAAAGUGAAGAAAGGCAACUAAUUUUCCAACGAACUAAUAUGGAUGAAGCCUUCGAUAAAAACAAAAAUCAUGACACGUUAUGGAAUAAAAUUUCUGAAAACAUGAAUGCUGAAGGAAUCAAGGUUUCUAAGCUCCAAAUCCUGAAUAAAUUUAGAAAUAUGAAAAGAAAAUACAAAGAAACUAUCGACUUAAAUAAGCAAACUGGAAAUGAAAGAAUUGAAUAUAAGUACCAAAAAGAAUUCGAUAAUUUAUUUGGCAACAAACCAUCAACCAAAGCAACAGUAUCGUUUGACAGUGGUGCAAGUGUUGCAAAGCAAGAGAAAGAGAUACCGGUAACUGUUAAGAAAACAACUGAUAAAAAAUCAACUCACCCAAAGAAAAGGUCAGCAGAAAUGAUUUAUACUAAAAUGGAAACUAUGCAUAAAGAAAUGAGGGAACAGAUGCAAAGGCACCAGGAAGAAAAGCUGCAACGCUUUGAUAGACUUCUUGAUAUUUUCGAGAAAUCUGUUGAUAAAAAGUAA